UUUUUUGACCAGUCAUAGAGCUUCUGUCGAGCAGUUUCGACAUUUCAAAAAUUUAAAAGUUGUUUUAAGUGAAAGUAAGCAGAAAACGUUGUUUACGUGAAAACAUUAAAAAAUUAUAAUACAGUGAUGUCAAUUACCGUGGAUAAUAGUUAAUGAAGCACUUUUUUUAGUUAAUAUUUCCGAAAUGUUGCAUCAAAAUAAAGAAAAAGCCAUUUUAGAAUGGCUCAAUUGUCUUACGUUGGACCAGGUUUUGGAGUCGCUCGAAGAACUGAAAGAUGGAAAAAUAUUUUUCCAUCUCAUACAGAUGACUGAAAAAACAUUAGCAGUAAAUUCAGGAAGUCCAGUUCACAACUUCAAAGAAAUUUCUAAAUUUAUAGAUGAUUAUUAUCAAGUAUCUUCUAAUACUUUCAUUCGCUAUCGCGAUUGCUGCUCCGGAAACACGUUUGAACUGGCUAAAGUUGCCAUUUUAUUACUGAGCAUACUUAUUCAAUUGCACAUACAACCAUCGUCGCAGAAUAUUAUUACCCCGUUAACAAAUUUAGAUGAUUCCAUUCAAGAAGAAAUUCAAGAUUGUUUGGAAACUAUACUUUUCAAUCAAGAUAGACUUGCUUUAGGAACCGAAAUUGUUAAUGUCUUAACUCACAGGAAAAGACAAUCAGAUUUGGAUGCAUCGUCGUCCUCCGUCACGUAUAAAAGCAGCACUCCUACCAUAGGGAAGUCGUUUAAUCCAUUUAAGGUGAGAGGAAGAUUGCAGUUUUCGAGUACAUCACCAGUUUCUCCAUUGAUGGCAUUUCUAGAAUCCCCACAAUUGGCAGAAAAGGCAGCUCUCAGAGAGGUGACGUACUUACGGUCUCGUCUGUCUAUGGAACAGUCAAGAACAUUAAAUUUAGAAGGGGAAUUACAAAAACUGCGAGAAGACUUUGAUUUGAAAACAAAAGAAUAUGAAGAUUCGAAAAGAAUUAUAUAUGAUCUCAGAGAAUGCAACGAGAUUUCAAAUUCGGCUUCAGAGUUUAAAGUUUUGGUGGAUCAACAAAAAAUUGAAAUUGACAAGUUAAAAUCUCGAAUUAAAGAAUUAGAAGUGUUAAAACCUAUCAAUACACAUUUGGAAGAGGAAAAUACAACUUUAAUUAAAAGAAACGAAGAACUAGAAGCUAAUAUGAGAGAUAUUAAUCAGCUUCAUGCUGCGAACCAACAAUUAUCCGAGGAAAAAGUGGCAUUCGUCAAAGAAAUUGAAAAAUUGAAGCAUGUAAAUUGUGAAUAUGAAGAAAGAAUAUGUAAUUUGAAAGAAGAAUUACAAUGCAUUAAAAUAGAAUUAGAAACAAGUAGGCAAAUUUAUGCUGAGAAACAAGCUCCUGCAAAAUCACCAGACUUCUCAAUAGAAAGCUUCUCUAUGGGAGAAUGUUUGGCCGAAGUGGUUACGGAAGUUUGUCUGUCAGAAUUGAAAGCAACCGUUGAAGAAAUGAAAGAAUUGCUGAAAAAGAAAGAGGAUGAGAAUGCAGUUUUAACGAAAGAGAAUUUCGAACUACUCGACAGUAAAAUGAAGAUGGAAGACCAAAUUGAAAAUUUAACAAAGGAUAAUCUAAUAAGAAAGGACUUAGAGAAUAAAAUCCAAUUACUAACACAAGAAAAAGAGAAAUUUGAAGAAAUUAACAAUACAAUUGAAAUGGAAAAUGAUAAAUUAGUCAAAGAUAAUCUGAAAAUUAAAGAAGAAAAUAACAAUCUUCAAACCGAAGUCAAAAAUUUAAAUAAUAAAAUAAAUCAGAUUUCUUUAGACUUUAGUAAAGUACACAAAACAAAUUUGGAAUACGUCGAAAAACUGAAUUUCGUAAAUGAAAAUCUUAAUCAAACAAUGGAGAAAUGUCACAACUGGAAAACUCUGUACGAAGAACUAAAAGUGCAGAACGAAAGCCUCUCUAAUUAUGUGUCAGAAGUUAGUAAGCAGGAAAUUUUAAUUGCUAAAUUAUCGCAAGAAAAGGAAGAACUUUCUAACGAACUCGAUAAAAUUACAAGUAAAUUGAUAAAUAACGAAACAGAAUUUAACAAAGAAAAGGAAAGGUUAAUUUCUACUGUCAAACAAUUAAACGAUGAAAAAAUUUGCUUGGGUGGCAAAUUAAAUAUGCUACUUGAAAAGUUGGCAGAACUAGAAAAUCAAACUGUUUUGCAUAAACAAAAUUUAGAGGAUAACAUAAACAAUUUAUUAAUUGAGAAACAAGAGUUAUCCACUUUGUUACAGAAAUCCGAAUUAAACUGUAGCGAACAGUUAAAGAAAACUAAUGAAGCUAAUUCGAUUAUCGAAAAGAUAACAAGUGAAAAUGAAGUUUUAAAUACGAAUAUAGAAUCCUUAAAUGCAAAUAACGAGUCUUUACGUCAAUCCAUUAACGAAUUAUCAUUUGCAAACGACGCUUUAAAAAAUGAUCUGUUAGCAGAACAAGAAAAAACAAAAAGUUCGGAAGAACUUCAUAAAGAAGACGUUAAACAGUUGGAAGCAAAAAUUUUAUCAUUAAAGAAUGAAAAUUCGGAACUGGAAACUCUGAAUAGAGACCUAACAAAAGAUCUGGAGAAACUAAAUAAAAGCUUUGAAAACUUAGAAAAGAACGUAGAUGUAAUUAUUAAUGAAAAGUCAUCACUUGAAAAUGAUAAUUCUUCUCUUAAGAAAAGUUUAGACAUUUCUAUUAUUAAAUUACAUGAAUACGAAAUCGAGAAAUGCGAGUUAAAAGAUGCUAUCGAUAUGCUUCGUAAGGAGUAUAAAGAGAAAUUAGAUGAAAGUGAGAAUAAUAAUAAAAAUCUAGAAACAAUUAUCAUCAAUCUGAAACAAGAAAUUAUCCAGAAGAAUAUAAAAAUUGAAGAAAUUGAGGGUUUAGAAGACACAUUGAAUUCCUAUAAAAGUGAAGUCGAUAAACUUAAUAAUUUGUUAUCCUUAGCUAAUGAGAAUAAUUCAAAAAUAAUCAAUCGUACAGAGUAUGAAUUUCAUCUCUAUAAACAGUUUGAGAGUGAGAAUUCUAAAUUAUACAAAGAUGAAAUGAAAAAUAUUCAAAAUAGAAUCAAAUUUCUGGAAACUGAGAAUGAAAUAUUGAAAGAAAAGCUUAAGAGAAUUGAUAUGCCUGCAAUAAUUUCUGCAGAUUCCGAACAGGUGAUUCAAAAUACGGCUUUCUCUCUCACUGAACAAGGAGAAAAUGUUCAUUAUAAGCAUGAAUCAACACAAGGAAGUUCUAAUCAAAUAUGCAAUAACCUAAAUAAUAAUUCCAAUGCAAUUAAAACUGAAAACGAUCUUGACGUCAAGAUUAUACACCAGUCGAAUCUGAAAGGAAUUAAUCUAAUAUCAAACGUAAAAGAUUCCACUUGUCAAAUGGGGCAAUUAUGGGAAGUCGGUACAAAUCGACGACCCGUCGAAACAGUUUCAAGCGAAACGUCCCAAAUUAAUUUUGAUUUCGAACAGUCUAAAUUGAUGGGAACAAAACUUAAAGAAUUAGACGAAUUAAUUGUACAGAAAGAUAAAAUAAUAAAUGAAAAGGAAGACAAAAUUAAUUGCUUAACUUCUAAAUUAGCAAGUAAUAGCGAAUCAAACAUUCGGCUGAAUGAAGAAAAUGAAAAUAAAGAGGAAAUAUUAUUGAUACUUACAAACCAAAUGCAGAAAUUUGAAAGCGAGCGAGAACAGUUUAAGUUAGAACAUGAACAAAUAAUAUCCAAAAUGAAUUUUCUAGCAAAAGAAAACACAACUAUCAAAGAAAAACAGAAAGAAGAGAGAGAGAAGUUUGAGGAAAUCUUGAAUACUGAAAAAAUGGAGAAGGAACAGAAAGAAAUUGAGUGUAUUAAACUUAAAUCGAAGAUUCAAGAAGUCGAACAAACAUUAAAAAAUCAGAUCGAUUGCUUAGAAUCAUUAAAAAAAGAGAGAGAUCUUUUAUCGGAGACAAAUGGUAAUCUUACCUUGAAGUUAAUAGAACUUCAAGAUUUAAUUAAUAUUAAAAUUGCUGACGAAAAAAAGGUGCUAAGUAAUGCAGAAGAAAAUGAAUUAAACCAGCUUCAGUUACAGAAAAUGAAUAUAAAAUCAGAAAAAUUAGAAAAUCAAGCCUUAAAUUAUAAUUUAUCGAAUAACUGCGACACGAAAGACAUUAAAAAUAAGAUGGUGAUUUGUGUAGAAAAUGAGCAGAUGGAUUUAAUUCAGAAUAAAUUAAAGGAAAAUUGUGCGCAACAGACGAAAGAAACAUCUGCAUCUCGGGACAUAAAAAUUGAAAUGCUUACCGUUAAAGAAAAUAAUGAUGAUAAAGAAAACAAUUUAUGGAAAAUUAACAUUGGAAAUCAUUCAAAUAAAGAGAAAAUUCAACAUGAAAAAUUACCGAAACAGAUAAAUUACAUUGAAAACUCUAAAGAAUUGUGUAAGGAACUAAUUCAUCAAACUGAAUAUAAAAACUACUACCAUAAUAAUAAUUUAGUUGCAGAAGGUGCGUGCUUAAAUAGUAAUCAAUUGGAAAGAAUAGAUUUGAAUCAGGUAAGAGCUUGCACCAGUAAUGACAUUAACAAACAGCAAGAAGUAUUGCAACUUACUGUACAGAUUCCAAAAGACGUAAAUCAACAAACCAUUUUAACACAAAUUAAUGAAUUAAAAGAUCAGUUUAGUUUAUUAGUAUCAAAGUUUAAUUACUUCCAAACUAAUAAUUCAGAGUCAUCUCACCAGAACGAGAAACAAAAGGAAUUCGAACUCAAACUAAAAUGUCUCAAUGAACAGAUUUCGGCUCUGUUAAUGCAACUUCAGUUAAGCGAAACUCAGAAGCAGACGUUUAUGAGAGAAAUCGAAAGUUUAUCUUUAGAAAUUCAGAGUUUGAGGAAUGCGAAUGAAGAGUUGAGACGACGUAAAUAUUUCCUAGAAAGUAAAGUCAAUAGUCUUGAAAAGGAGCAAAAGGAUGCAGAUAAAGAAAACACUUGGCUGAGAGAGAAAUUGCACUCGUUGGAGACAAAAAAUGAAAAUUUAAAUUUUGAAAAGGACAGUUUGCAGAAUAAGCUCAACUUGACGAAUCAGGAAAAGGAGAGGUUAUUGAAUCAAAUUAAAGAAGAAGAAACAAGUAAAAAAGAAAUGGAAAAAGCACAUUCGGAAGAAAUACAAAAGAUGAAGAAAGAAGAACACAAUCAAAGGAAGAAAACUGUAACCAAGUUUAAUAAAGAAAUGUGUGAACUUCAGUUAAGAGUCAAAGAAUCAGAAUUAAAAAAUUUACAAAUUCAUCAGGAAUUUAAAGCCUUAUUACACAAAUAUGAAAAUUCAAACGAGUUAGUAACCAAGCUGAAAGAUGAAGAGAAGGGUUUAAAAAAAGAAUGCGAAAGGCUGAAUAACUUGCUGAAAGAUAAGAGUAAUGCUGACAGACUGAAGUUUUCCGAAAGCGACUUGUCCACCACACGGAGUACCUUGGAGAAACAGAACAAAGAAUUGAAUUUGUUAAAAGACAAACUGGCGGAAUUACAGAACGAAAAGAAUGCACUUAAAGGACAAAUAAGACAUCAGGAAUUACUUUUAAAUAAAGAAGUUGAACAGAAAAAGUGCUUAGGAGUUCAGCUGAAACAAGCAGAAAACGAACUGAGAGAUUUGAGAUUCCAGUGCUAUAAUGCUAGCGUCAAGUACGACACGUAUUCUUCGAGGCAGAGUAUGUCUUACUCUUACAAUCAAAUCAGAAAUUCAUAUCUGUGCAGGAGAAAAUCUUCAAGUCAUGACGAAAAGGAUACGGGUUUAAGAACCAUGUCGCAUCUCAAUGAAGCGACAAAAUUGGAGACGACGUUUGGAGCCGAUCACAGUUUGUCUUCAAGUUCCUAUACCGAAAAUAAUCGCUCAAAUCUUGCAUCUACUCCACAUCGACAAGUUCCAGCAGGUACAGGAUCUCAGUUUAUGUGCGAAGACGAAGAAGGCGAAUUCAUGAACCAGAGCCACCUCAGUGAUUUGAAAGCCGGGCGGUGUAAUAUCAAAGAUCAGCAGCUAGUAAGGAUCAGCGAGCUUCAAAGACGAAACACGCUCUGCCUCCCCCAUCUUCAAAGUUCCUAUCCUGUUGAAACUCAAAUGCAUUCCAUUGCCGAAUUUACAGACGACGCUCUGAGAAAAGGGACUGCGGUCGAGGACAAAAUUUUAAAAGUGGUAGAUUCAAACAGCAAAAUACCCAUCAAAGACAGGCAAGUCAGAAGUAAAUCGUCGUCCACCAAACGUAAAGUCAUAGAAGAAAGAGAUCCCAAAUCUACGAAACAGGCAAAAUACACCAUUCACCCUUCUACCUAUCAUAAACCUGGCCCUCCUACUCCGGGAAGGAAGAACGAAGAAUCCUCCUCCAAGGCGACGCCGACGCCAAGAAAGAGGAUCUUGUCAAACAAGGAAAACAAUCCGACGGCCACCCCGAACACCCAUCGUAGAUUUAACUUCAAAACUCCUUCCAGCAUCAAAAAAUUAUGGAAGUUGCGAAGAAUUCACACACCCAAGAACGAAAAGGGUAGGAAGAAUGGCAACGAAUAACGGCAAAGGACACAUAUAACUUUUUGGUACAGGUAGAUUUAAAUUUUAAAUGUUGAUAACUUUUAUAAAUUAAAUGUGUAUAUAUUAAAUUCUGGAAAAAUGUUUAAAUGGUUUAAAUUGUGAUGAUAUUUCUUUUAUCAUUCCAAAAAUAUUUUUACUUUUAUUCCUAUUGUGAGAUACUGUUACAAGAAUAUUGUAUUUUCUUUAAAUAAAAGGUUUU